AUUUUACUGGGGGCAAGAAAGUUUCUUAUUCCAAGGAGCUUCUCCUCCCUUGCUUGCAAUUUAUAUAUAUAUAUAUAUAUAUAUAAGAAACAAUUAGCUGCGGAAUUUCCAGAGUAACAAUCUGCUUGUCCUAAAAGUUGAUAUACUGUUUUUUAAACAGUUGCAACGUUUAAAAAUUAAGUUGCACUCCUUUCUUUGCUGUAGUUUUGACCAAGACUGGGAGCUUUUGCCUUAAGCGAUGCCGAAGAAGAGCCUGGAGCCUCGCAGGAGGUCGAAACGUAUCAAGGAUCAGGUUCUGAAUCCAGAACAGGAGGACACGGACCAUGAAGAGGACGUGAAACCAGAGCCCCAGUCCAAGGGGUUGCUACUCCUGACUCCCAGGAACCCCAUCCGAGGGAGCUCCAGGGCUCUGAAGAGCAGCAGGAGAGGCGGGGUAAAGGAAGAGGAGGAGGAGGAGGAGGAGGAGGAGCGUGUCUUGUUUCACCAGAUUACUGUCAGGCCGGUCCAGGUUAUACUGCAGAAGAUGAGAGCGGAGCUACCUCCACAGAAGCAGGAGGAGGAAGAGAACGAGGACAAGGAUACGCCCAGGAGCAUCACACCCCCUCCAGUGGUUAAAGAGGAUCUCAGACCAGCGAUGUUGAGUCUUCAGAAACUGAGAGAGAAAAUUCCGGAAGAACCAAGGCAAAGGAUUACAAGGAGAGCGGAACAAAAGAUCCCGACUGUGAGAUCAGCUAAUCUGAACGCCCAGGCCCCGAGGAGGCCCUCUCGCUCUGCGCUGCUCUGCUGCAUUGUCCUCAUCACCAUGGCCAUGGCUCUUGGGAGUUGGUAUUUCCUUGGCUCCAGACAGGCGGGUCUGAAGAUGGACUGGUUUUACAGUUUGUUACCGUGGCAACAGGAGGCCUGCCAGGACCACUGCAAGUUGACGCUGGUGGAAAGCAUCCCUGCUGACCUGCAGUAUCCCGAAGGUGCCCCUCGCCAUGUCUCCAUCUACCAGGGCUGGAUGGACCUGCUGCACCAGGCCAACGAGACAGUGCAGAUCGCGGCGUUUUACUUCACCUUGCGAGGCAGUGACCUAGGACCAGCGGCCCCGCAGGCCUCUGAGGGUGAGGAGGUCUUUAAGCAGCUGGUGGAACUGAAGUCCCGAGGAAUUAGCCUGAAGAUUGCCGUGAACAGCCCUCAGCAGUCAGACGAGGACACAGUUUAUCUGGAGAAAAAUGGUGCAGAGGUGCGGCAAGUGCACCUGAAGAAUCUCACGGGUGGAAUUGUUCACACCAAGCUCUGGGUGGUCGACGGAAUGCAUGUCUACGUAGGCAGUGCCAACAUGGACUGGCGCUCGCUGACUCAGGUGAAGGAGCUGGGAGUGGUGCUGGCCAACUGUAGCUGUCUGGCGCAGGACGUGGAGAAGGUCUUUGGCACAUACUGGCACCUGGGGACGAAGGGGGCGACCCUGCCCCAACAGUGGCCUCGCAGGUACAGCGCCCUGUCCAGCAAGCAACACCCGCUCAGGCUGAAGCUGAACGGCAUUGACGCAGAGGUUUACGUAUCGAGUGCUCCACCGUCACUCUGCGCGUCCGGUCGCACCGGGGACCUUGACGCCAUCUUGAGCAUCAUCGACGACGCGCAAGAGUUCAUCUUCAUCUCCGUCAUGGACUUGAUCCCACUCUGCCGCUACUGUAAGCCCCCGAGGUUCUGGCCAGCGAUCGAUGAUCGCCUGCGCAAGGCAGCCUGCCAGAGGGGAGUGUCGGUCCAUCUGCUGAUCAGCUGCUGGGAGCACUCCUACCCGCCCAUGUUCGUCUACCUGAAGUCACUGAGCGUCCUCAACAAACAGCCCCUGAGCUGCCCCAUCCAGGUGAGGAUCUUCAAUGUUCCAGCCACAAAGGAACAGAAGAAAAUUCCCUUCAGCAGGGUCAACCACAACAAGUACAUGGUCACCGAUCACAUCGCCUACAUUGGGACGUCCAACUGGUCUGAGGACUAUUUCAUCAGGACAGCUGGAGUGGGGCUCAUCAUCAACCAGACGGAGGGCACGCCCGGCAGCCCUGAUACAGUGCAGAGUCAGCUAAAGGCAGUGUUCAACCGUGACUGGGAUUCGGACCACGCCUUGGAUCUGGACAGCAAGGACAUGAAGCAUUGCCGGUCGCGCCAGGAGGAUGUAUAAGGAGCGGCGGGCCUCGCUUGCAGUCCGGCGCUGCGAGU